AUGCAGGUCAAUAGGGCUGAUAAAUAUGUGGCCAUUGAUUGCGAGAUGGUGGGCGGCGAGGGUUCCAAGGAUCUCUUGGCGCGCGUUUCGCUGGUCAACCGCGAUGGCGAUGUUCUUCUUGAUACCUUUGUUCGUCCCAAGGAACGGGUUUUGGACUAUCGCACGGAAGUCAGUGGUGUGCGCAAGCAAGAUUUACUUCGUGCCCCUAGUUUUGAGGAGGCACAGGCUAAGGUGGCUCGACUUUUGGAGAACAAGGUGCUGGUUGGACACGACCUGAAGCAUGACAUGAAGGUGCUCUUGCUGAGUCACCCCAAGCGUCACACGCGCGAUACAUCGCAGUAUGAACCCUUUCACAAAGUGGCCAAAACCAAACGCCCUGGAUUGCGCAAGCUGGUGCACCUGGUGCUGGGCACGCGCAUUCAGACAGGCGAGCACUCAUCGGUGGAGGACGCCAGAGCCACCAUGGCCUUGUAUCGUCAUGCCGCCAAGGAUUGGGAGAAGGAGCUGAAGAGCAAACGCUAUGGCACAACAGACAAAAAGAUAGCGUAG